CAUAGUACAUAGAUAAUUAAUGGAGUAAAAUGAUUAUAGUAAAAAAUUUGAUUGAAGUGACAAUUUCUGGUGAUACAACAUCAAUCAACAUGAUUUGUACCAAAAAAAAAUGUUGGUUUCUGUAUACAAGAAUUUAAAAAUUGCGAUAUACCUCAUCAAAACUUCAAGAAAUUCUAUUUAUAUAACAAGUUUAUUUAUGUACUAAAUAUUCUGCUUAAUCGAUCACGAUGGCAAGUGUAUUGAACGAUUCCGAUAGUGAAGAUGAAUUACCGCCUGGAUGGGAAGAACGAGCUACUGCGGAUGGAAAUGUUUAUUACGUUAACCACUUUGAAAAAAGUACUCAGUGGAUACAUCCUCGUACAAGCAGUAAAAAAAUGGUUGCGGGAGAACUGCCACCUGGUUGGGAAAAAUGUACUACGGAUAAUGGAAAAACUUUAUUUAUUGAUCAUUUAAAAUGUACAACAACUUAUACUGAUCCUCGAUUGGCCUUUGCUGUUGAAUAUAGAGACCCAUCUCAAUCAGUUCGCCAGAGGUUCGAUGCAAGUAGCUCAGCUUUAUCUGUCUUACAUGGUAAAGAUUUAAGAAACAAAGUUGCUUUAAUAACCGGAUCAAAUACGGGCAUUGGAUUCGAAACUGCAAAAUCAUUAGCUGUUCAUGGUUGCACAGUUAUAAUGGCUUGUCGGAAUUCUAAAAAAGCUGCUGACGCUAUUCGAAAGAUAAAAAGUAUACGAAAUAAUGCAACUUGCGAAGCGCUUUUUAUGGAUUUAUCGUCAUUACGCAAUGUUAAGAAUGCAGUCAAUGAAUUUAAACAAAAAUUUCGGUAUCGUAUAAUAAUACAAUUAUACAAUGCAUUGGAUAUAUUGAUAUUGAAUGCAGGCAUUUUCGCACAUCCGUACUCAUUGACCGAAGAUGGUUAUGAACAAACAUUCCAAGUCAAUUAUUUGUCUCAAUAUUAUUUAACCGUUCUACUGGAAGACCAUUUGAAAAUCAGUACUGACAGUAGAGUAGUGGUGGUUGCUAGUGAAUCACACAGGUUCUCAUCAAUACUAACAAGGGAAGAUAUUUAUCAAUUAAAAUUAUCUCCGUCUAUCUUCAAGUAUUGGCCGAUGGAUGCGUAUAACAACUCAAAGCUUUGUAAUAUUGUGUUUGCUCAAGAACUGGCUAAACGAUGGCCAUCAGUCAGUGUUUUUAGUUGUCAUCCAGGAAAUAUGGUGUUUACCGAUUUACCCCGUUACUCAUGUUUCUACAAAGUUCUUUUUGCUUUAGUAAGACCAUUUACAAAAUCAUUGCAGCAGGCAGCCAGUACAGUAGUCUUUUGUGCAACAGCAAGCGAAUUAGAAGGCCUUUCAAAUAUGUAUUUUAGUAAUUGCUAUCGUUGUAAACCAUCUGACACUUCUUUGAACCUAAGUUUAGCUUCUAAAUUAUGGUCUAUUAGCCAAGAUAUGAUAGCAACAGCCACCAAACAUACAAAUUUCAACACUUUUUAAUUAUUAAGUGUUUGAAUCUAAAUAUAAUAUGUACAAGUUAUUCAAACAAUAUGAAAAUAAAAAGA